UAGUCAAUGCUAUUCCUAUUCCACAUAAACUUCUUAAACGAACAACCGAAUUUAUGCAAUGUAGACAGUCACCAACACCGCCCUUACUCUCUGUAGUGAUUUCACCUGAUCCUGUCGUACCUGGUAAUACCGAGACUUUUACUGCUUCCGGAACAUUAGACAUAGAUAUUCCUGAUGGGACUGAUCUUAUUGCUUUCUUUGGCGAUCCUAGUAGUAAUAAGAUUAUAGGGGAUAUCUAUAAGGCGCCUAUAUGUGAUAAUAAUGGAUGUCCAAAAGCUGGAAUUCAAUUCACUAAAACACUGGAUUAUCUGGAUGUACCUGAAUUACCUAAUCAAUAUGAUAUUGUAGUUGGUGUUGUGAAAAAAUCUGAUGUACUUGCUUGUGCGGUUGCUCCUAAUGUUACCCUUACUUCUGUAACUUUUUACAAGUCUUCUUGA